AUGACGUUGGCAGAAUGCGAGUAUGAGGGCUGGAUCCAAGCCACGGGGUGGUGGUGGGGCAGCUGCCAGCCCACUCUGUGGCACCUCCGGGCCUUACGAGGUCCAGGAGCUGGGGAUGCUCUGAGCCUUCCAGAAGUUUUUGCGAAGGUUGCCCAGCCCCCCAGGGCCACGCAGGUCCCAGCCGCUCUGUCUCUGCCUCUGAGCCAUCCGUUCAAGGUCCAUUCACACCCCGACCACGGGCCUCCUGGGAGGUCCUGGAGAUGCCUGGAGGCCUCCUGUCUGUGGUCCCCAGCGGGACCUAGCUCCACACCGCAGCCAGAGAAGGAGGGGCUGGCCAUGGGGCAGCCCUGGCCAGUCCUGGCCCUGCGGGCAGUCAGGGUCUCACUGACCCUUCUGGGGCUGCUGGUGCCCACACAGGCGGUGGUGCGAGCCGUGCUGGAUGGUAACUCAAGCACCAUGGAUUUUGUGGACCUGCCGGCCCUGUUCGGGGUGCCCCUAGCCCCCGAAGGCGUGCGGGGCUACCUGAUGGAGGCCAGACCGGCCAACGCGUGCCAUCCCAUCGAGGGCCCGCGGCCGGGCAACGGCUCCCUGGGUGCCAUCGUGCUGAUCCGCCGGUACAAUUGCACGUUUGACCUCAAGGUGCUGCACGCCCAGCGGGCCGGCUUCCAGGCGGCCAUUGUGUACAACGUGCGCUCUGACGACCUGGUGCUCAUGGUCCACGUCUACGAGGACCUGCGGCGCCAGAUCACCAUCCCCUCAGUGUUCGUGGGCGAGGCCACCUCCCAGGACCUGCGGGUCAUCGUGCGCUGCGACAAAUUGGCCCACGUCCUCCUGCUGCCCGACCACCCGCCCUGCCCGGACCUGGACUGCCACCCCAUGCUGGCCAUCUCCUGGGCGCUGGGCUGCACCCUGGCCCUGCUCACGACCGCCUUCUUCGUCCUGCGGUGUCUGUGGAACUGGCUGUGGGCCUGGUGGGCCCGCGGGCCAGUGGUCAAGGCGCGGGCCAGCCAGAGGGCCCAGGUGAGCACUUUCACGAGGCUUAACGACCUGUGUGCCAUCUGCCUGGAUGAAUACGAGGAAGGUGACCAGCUCAAGAUCCUGCCCUGCUCCCAUAUCUACCACUGCAAGUGCAUCGACCCCUGGUUCUCCCAGGCCGCCCAGCGCUCCUGCCCUGUAUGCAAGCAGUCGGUGGCCAGCACGGAGGACGGCUCUGACUCCACCGUCGGCAGCUAUGGGGACGAGGAGGACCCCUCGCUGCCUGGCCACCACCCCCCGAUCUGGGCCAUCCAGACCCGGCUGCGUUCCCGGAGGCUGGAGCUGCUGACCCAAGCCAGCCCCCCCCGCCGCUGGAGUGCCACCUCCGUGGGGGCAGCUGAGGCCAACACAUCCUUGGAGGGACCCCCAGAGCCCCUCUGA